GGGGAAGGAGGAGGGGGGGGGGGGGUGUGGCGGCGGUGGGAGGAUUUAGCGCCAGCAGCGUCUUUUUGCGUCCAGCACUACAAGCUCAUUACCGUUCUCUGCGCGCCUGGAAACGGAUUUACGCACCGAGCAGAAGGAGCAGUUUGGAGGACUACUAGGAUGCUGAGUACUUUUCCUCCUCAUCAGUGCUCUCCACCCUGCUCUCCAUGACCUGAGAGUGCCACCACAGCGGGAGGAACCAAGCACCAGAGAGGAAGAGAAAGGAAGAAGGUCAAGGAAGGAAGUUCAGCUGUUAUCAUUGUUUUCUUUUUUUGAGAUGGCGGCGACUGAGGCCAGUGCAGCGCCAGUGGUCCAGGAAGAUGGAAAAACUCCUGAAAACAAGCCAGCCGAGGCGGAACAACCGGCCAAAACCGCAAACUCAGAGACUGUCAACAGCGAAGUUGUGGAUAAAGACGGCGCAACCGUCAACAGCGAGGUGGUGGAAAACAAAGAGACUGUGAACAAUGACACAGCUGCAGCAGCGGCAGAGGAGACAGGCGGUGAGGAGGAAGGAGCAGCAGCAGGUGGGGAAGCAGCACCUCCUCAGAGUUCAGAAAACACCUCCUCCGCUGAGCCCAAGUCUUCAUUCCUGGACUCCUUCCUCAACAAGAGUGGCCUGGGGAAGGUGAUGGCGGGAAGGAAGAAGAAGGAGCACAGCACAACUGCAGGAGGAGCAGAGGAGGCCACCCCUGAAGGAAGCGAGAAGGACGGAGAGAAAAGAGGUGAGGAAGGAGCAGAAGCUGAAGGAGGAGGAGAGGGAGGUGCAGAGGGAGAGGCUGCAACAGACAAGCUGGCAGAGAAUGGAGAGAAGGAGGAGGAGAAGAAGGGCAAAACUGCAGAGACAAAAUCUACAGUUCGUGAUUUGAUCCGGAAGCCUGUGGCGAGGAUCUUCUCCCAUCGCAGCACCGAGAAGAAGGACGGUGCUGCUGCUGAACCCGAGAAACAAGUCAAGGUCCGAUCCAGGUCCCUGGACCGCCUGGAAGAUCCUGAAGCACUUAACGCCACUGCAGACUCCACCGUAGAGGAGGGAGGAGCAGCAGGAGGAGCAGAGGGAGAACAGAAAACCUCAUCCUCCUCGGCGACUACCAAGCACAUGAAGCGCUGGCACUCCUUUAAGAAGCUCAUGGCUCAGAAGGCGCACAAAAAGAGUGGCGGAGGUGAGGAUGGGAAGGAGGAGGGAGCAGAGGGAGAGGGAGGUGGUGGAGACUCCUCCACUCUGGACUCCAAGGAGUCCGGGCACAAGAGAUGGAAGCUGAAACGGUCUUGGACCUUCCAGGGUCUGAAGAGGGACUCGUCCGUGGUUGGCAUCAGUGGCAAGGCCAAGAGCUCAGACAAAGAGUCUCCCGACAAAACGGAGGAGGGAAUAGGAGGAGGAGGAGAGGAAGAAGAGGAGGCCCAGGGUGAGGCAGGAGCUGAGGAAGAUAAUACGGAGGCAGGGGAGGAGAAGACCGAGGGAGGACAGGACGAGAAGGCGGCUGCGACGGGAGGCGGAACAGUGACACAACAUGCCAAUGAGAUCUGGACGUCCUUCAAGAAGCGGGUCAUCCCCAAGACCAAACGGGCCAACACAGAGUGCGCCCCCACAGGAGAGGAGGACGCCACUGCAGCUGCAGCCUCAGGUGAGGAAGCAGCCACAGAGGAAGGCAAAGACUCCAAAUCAGCCAAGGCCAAACGUUCCCACUUCGGCCGCGCUGUUUCCCUGAAGAACUUCAUCAUGCGAAAGGGCAAAUCCAGCAGCGUGGACCAGGGCGAGGGUGCAAAGGCGGAAGAAGAGGCUACAGAAGGAGGUGACGCAGCAGAGGAGGGUGGUGCUGACGGUGAAGCUACCACUGUGACCGAGGAGAUCAACGACAAGGAGGCAGCAGCCGAGGAGAAGACGGUGGCAGAGGAGAGUGGAGCCGAGGCUGUGAAGGAGCUAGAGCAGACACAGAUCGAAGCUCCGGAGACCAACGGCGAGACCGGUUGCUCAAAUGGAGUGGCAGAGGAGAAUGCCACAGAGAAUCACCACGAGGACAAGACGACGGACAGCAGCCCUGUGAAGAAGAGCAAGGAAGCGGGAGGAAUGAAAGAUGAAGCCAACGCCAAGAUCAUCAACACCACGGCAGCUGUAAACAGCGUCAGGAGCUAAACAGCGACAGAGCCUCACUUCCUCAUCAGAUUUCAGGACAAAAAGGCGGGAAACGUGUGAAGCCAAACAAAGAGGAUUAAAACUGCCCGGGAUUCGCUGAGCAAGGAGCUUUGAGCCCCACCCCCAACUCCUCCUCCGUCCUCCUUCUCCUCCUACUCCUCUCUCCUGUCAUCCCUCCUUUCUCCCGAAUAAUUGGAGUAAUCAAAUUUAAACAGAUCACCAUGGUGAGAAAAAGACAGUUGGAGCGAAUGAGAGGGAUGCAAUUCAUGUUUAUGAGCAGUUAAAAAAAACUUCCUCAGAAAGCAAUAAUUCACCCCCCAUCCCAUCCCCUCAUCCCUUCAUCCGAUUCAUGCAGACAAAACAUUUGCAUCCAGUGUUUUUUUUAAGUUUUCUUUGCUUGUCUGUGAGAUUUUAUAUUGUCUACGAGAGAAAAGAAAAUGCAGAAAUGUAAAAAAUGCAAAUUGAGACGUUCCUCUCCUUUAGCCCCCCCCCCCCUCCCUCCUGUUAGUUAACCUCUGCUCACCGUCGACCUCUGAUCGGUGAUUUAAAUAUAAAGAAAAAAACACAAAAGAAGAAGAAAAAAAGACUUAGUUUUAUAUUGACAGCCAUUUUGGUUUGUAGUCCCCCUCCCUCAGCCCCAGUUUGCCAUCCGUCCCAGUAGAUAUUUGCCAGCAGGACCAUGUUGCUAAACUGCCCUGAAGACUGCCACCCCCACAACAACACUGCAACGUCUUCAGCUCUGUGUGUUUAAUGUUUUUAGACUGUUAUAUUGUGUACAUGGGAUAAAAAAGAAAAGAAAAACAGCAUCGAUUACUAAAGUCAAAAUGUUCUUUUUUGUUGUUUUUCUGUUUGGUUUCUGAUUCUCUUUGUUUUUUAAAACACCAUCUUCUCACAGUUACUGCAGUCUGACAAUAUGCUGUAAUUAAAAAAGAUUAAAAACAACAACAAUAAUAAUAAUAAUCUUAAUAAUAAUAAUAAUAAUAAUAAUGAAGAUGAUGAUGAUGUUUUGUUGGUCCAAGUUUUCACAUGUCCGCUAGCAAAUUGUCAAGAAAAAGAUAGAACAAUAAAGACUAAAAUCUAACGACUAAA